GGGGCAUUUAUGAUAAGGUAUUUUUAUUUUUCUUGGGUUCACUGGUUUUAAAUUUUCUCAGAAAAAAAUAAAUAGGCCUUUUUCAGUUUUCUGUGUAAUUUCUUUCUGCUUUUUUGGCACUUAUGGUGCUGUUCUUCCUCUUCCUCUGCCACCCAUAUCGGUCUCCAACACAAGCUCUGUCCAAAACCACCGCUUGAUUCUCUUUGUCUCUUUCUAAUCUUAUCCAAAUUCUUCCCUUCAAUUCGCUUCACUCUUUGCUUUCUUAACCGUACCAUACAAAAAGCUAUCUUUUUUUUUUUUUUGCACCAAAAUGGGGCUAAUCUUGAACCAAAAUGUGCAAUUUUCAUCGGUUCCGUGUUUUCAAAAAUGGAUUCUUUUCCAUCUAUGAGCUCAAUUGGGUUAUCCGUUUCAAUCCCAUUUUCGUAACAGUUUGAUAUAUUCUCUGUCGAUUUUUAUUUAUUUUUUGCAUUUUCUUUCUGAUAAGGAAAUAGAAGAAAAAAAAAAGACUGUGACUUUAAGGGUUGAUCAGAAAUGGUGUCAGCGAACGACCCAGUUGAGUCUUUCUUCCAUUCCAUUCAAGUUGUGAAGGAAUCGCUGUCGCCACUUGAAGUGGGUAUUCGUAAGGCGGCGAAGGAUCUCGAGCAUUGUUUGGCAGGGUCAAAGAACAAGGUCAAUGGUGCUUGUUUAAUUGCCCAAGUGAGGGAAGGUGGUGAAUUUCAGAUCUGUGAUGUGAAGAAGAAGAAAGGGUUGUCAAUGAAGGUUCCUUUGAAGGCUUUCUUGGGUAUGUUUUCACAGAAUUCAGGGAAUGGUAACAGUAGAGCUCAGGUGGGUAAGGAAAAUGAUUCUUCUUGCACCAAUUGCUUGCAGUUUGCUGUGACUUGGUCUUUGUUGGUUAAUGGGUUUCUUCAGUCUCUGCCACUUCCUUUCAAAUCUGGGAGGAAGAGGUGUCCGAAAGUGGGUGAUGAAGAUAAGUUGUGUUCUUGCAUGAAGCCCACUGUUUCAUCAUGUGAAGUGAAGCAGAAUGAAUCCAAGGGGGUUAGAACAUUUAGGGAAAAGGGUGUGAAGAGGAAGGAUGGAAAACAUGUUUCACUUGAGUGCCUUAUAGGGUUUAUCUUUGAUCAGCUAUCUCAAACUAUUCAGAGUCUUGAUCAUGGGGUGCAAGAAAAUGACCUUGACUGUGGGAAUACCUGUCUACCCCAACCUUCUUUUUCUAAUCUUGGUCAUGUGAAUGCUCUCACAGGUUUCUUGGAGGGUCACAAAGUGGAUGUUAAUGGUUUCUUGGGGAAUUUAAGAUUUGCAAAGGUUGGGGGUGUGCCAUCAAGUGUGCCUGGAGAAGAAAGCCCUUCAACAAAUGGAGAGGGAGAUAACAAUAAUGGUAGUAAUAGUAAUAAUGGUAAUGAUGAAAACAAGGAUGAAACUGGAGGAAUUUCGGCACAGAAGGUUGCCAAUAACAUUUUCAGUUUCCCUCUCUCAAAUGUGGAGCGUCUAAAGUCUACACUGUCCACUGUUUCAUUCACAGAAUUGAUUGAACUGCUACCACAGCUGGGGAGAACCACUAAAGAGCAUCCUGAUAAGAAGAAACUUAUCUCAGUACAAGAUUUCUUUAGAUACACAGAGGCUGAAGGGAGGAGGUUCUUUGAGGAGUUGGAUAGAGAUGGUGACGGCCAAGUAACUCUGGAAGAUCUAGAAAUUGCAAUGAGAAAGAGAAAGCUGCCUCGUAGAUAUGCUAAAGAAUUUAUGAGCCGUGCUAGAAGUCACUUGUUUUCUAGGUCUUUUGGUUGGAAGCAGUUCUUAUCACUAAUGGAACAGAAGGAACCAACAAUUCUUCGUGCAUAUACUUCUCUGUGUCUAACCAAGUCAGGGACACUGAAGAAGAGUGAAAUAUUGGAAUCACUAAAGAAUGCAGGACUCCCUGCAAAUGAAGACAAUGCUAUUGCUAUGAUGCGGUUUCUGAAUGCAGACACAGAAGAAUCUAUUUCAUAUGGACAUUUCCGCAAUUUCAUGCUUCUACUUCCCUCUGAUCGUCUUCGAGAGGAUCCUAGGAGUAUUUGGUUUGAAGCUGCAACUGUUGUUGCCGUUCCACCACCUGUUGAAAUUCCUGCUGGAAGUGUUCUAAGAUCUGCAUUGGCAGGUGGCCUUUCUUGUGCCCUGUCUUGUGCAUUACUUCAUCCAGUUGAUUCAAUUAAGACUCGAGUGCAAGCAUCAACCAUGUCCUUCCCUGAAAUAAUUUCUAAGCUGCCAGAGAUUGGAACGCGGGGUUUAUACAGGGGAUCAAUCCCUGCGAUUCUUGGACAGUUUUCAAGCCAUGGCUUGCGAACUGGGAUAUUUGAAGCGAGUAAAUUGGUGUUGAUAAAUAUUGCUCCAACACUGCCAGAACUCCAGGUACAAUCUGUGGCAUCAUUCUGUAGCACGUUUUUGGGAACGGCUGUGCGGAUCCCCUGUGAGGUGUUGAAGCAGAGGUUACAGGCUGGUCUCUUUGACAACGUGGGUGAGGCUUUGGUUGGGACAUGGCAGCAGGAUGGUCUUAGGGGUUUCUUUCGUGGAACUGGAGCUACCCUUUGUCGUGAGGUUCCAUUUUAUGUUGCUGGCAUGGGGCUUUACGCUGAAUCUAAAAAGGUUGCCCAAAAACUACUAGGGCGGGAGCUAGAGGCCUGGGAAACAAUUGCUGUUGGAGCAUUAUCUGGUGGCUUGGCGGCAGUUGUCACGACGCCAUUCGAUGUCAUGAAAACUAGAAUGAUGACAGCGCAGGGUCGUACUGUGUCGAUGACCUUGGUAGCCUUCUCUAUACUUCGCCAUGAGGGACCCCUUGGCUUGUUCAAAGGAGCAGUGCCCAGGUUCUUUUGGAUUGCUCCUCUUGGUGCUAUGAACUUUGCAGGUUAUGAGUUAGCAAAGAAGGCCAUGAAUAAAAGUGAGGAGGCCAAAGCAGGCUCAGAGUAAUUCCUUGGAUUGUGUCAUAUAACAGCCAAUUGUCUGGUGAAAUUUUGGAGCUUAUUGCAGCAAUCGAUGGAGUAAGGCCAUUGAUUCUGCUCUGAAAUACACAUUUUGUUUCCUUUGUUCAUUCUACUUAAUGACUUUGCCCCUUGUAGCAGCAGAAUUUUUUUUAGAGAAAUCGUCAUAUAUACUUGAAAACUGAAAAGGUUUAAUUUAUUUCUUCAUCCAUUGUACA